AAACCUCAUAAUGUUGAAUUGCAUCAAGUAUCAAGAGAGUCUAUUGAGGAUGGGAAAUCCUCAGGAAGAAGAUGUGAUUGUGGAGGAAGGCAAUGGAACAGUACACUAAUAUGUGGAUCGCUAGAAGAUGAAAUUUCUUCAAAUCAGCAUGAGCAGUGUCCAGAUAUUCUAAAAAGAGACAGUUGUCAUUGCCAUUCAGCUGUUGGAAAAAGAGAAGCAGAAGUGGAAAUCUCUUCAAACUUAGGAGCUGUAAUGUACGGAAAAAAAGAUCGAUCCGAAUCAUCGUCCGAUAUUCCAGAUUAUACGUUUAGAGAUCCUUUAGGACCACCACAGAUUACACUUACAACUUUUCAGUCAAAAUCUGAACUCCCUAUACGUCACACUAUUAUAGGCCCAAAGCUUGAAACUGUCAUAAAUGGACACGAAGACGAUAGCUGAAACGAGAUGACUCGGCAGUGUCUUUAUCGUACCACUCACUGCUAACUGAAUAUCACUGUGUGCUUUUCGACCAAAAUUUUGUUGUACAUUUCCGUAUUGUACAGUUUUGAAAAGCGAUGAAAGACAAAACUUUUCAGUGCUCAGAAACCGCCUUCCGGUGAAAUGUGUCGUUUGAAUUGUGUUGAAAAAUGUGAUUUAUCGUAUUUUUAAAAGACUGCUAUGGAGUUAUUUGUACAAACACAAGAAUUUUUAUUCAAAGUUGAACCUGAUAUUCAGAAAUAUGAAAACUUAUUUUCAUUAUGUAUUUAUUUAUUUUUAAUCUGAGACAGUCGGCAUAUUGAUUGAGAGUAUGUUUAUACUAUUAGGGCAACGUAGUGGUAAACCACACUUUCUCUAAAGCUGACAUUUUUACAUCAGAUUGUUAUUUUUAAUUCUCUAUAUCUGUAUGGAGUUCCUCCAUAUGGCAUUGAAUAUAUGAAAACUUGUUUAACUGGUAAAAACAAUUGAAGGAACAUAUGGUUAAUUAGCAAAAAAAAAAAAAAAUACCGGGGCAAAAUUAAAUUAAUCCGGGCCGAAAUAUCAUCCAGUAAAAGACCAAUAUAUGGGAAAACAAAAUGGGCACAACCUAUUUUAUUUUUAAAGACUCUUGGCCAAGCCAAGCUCACCAGCCAUUGACUUUUUACUAUUUAAGUCGGAAAGGUGUGGCUUUCUCUUGAAAGAAGAGCACCGCAAAUGUAAAAGAACGUUUUGUCCCCCAACCUAGCGGAUAGAUGGCAGCAUCGCCUAUUCGUGAAGUCUUUUUUAUAUUUUAGACAUAUAUCUGAGAGGAAUAAAACUUUUCUCUAGAUCUCUAUACCCAUGAUACAGCUCAGUGACUGACCACAUGACUUUAAAUUUCAUCGAUUUUACGAACACGCAAAUAGCAUGUGCUCGUUGAACCUUCGUGGAGUAGAGGAUCGUCCCCAGACCUCUUUGGACAGGAGGUCGAUUCUCUAACUACUAGGAUACCACGGCCCAUAGUAGUUUUUUAACAAUGCUAAAUGACAAAUUUAAACUCCCGUUUUCUAUGCAGAUGAGAACACGCCUCAAGACAAUGUCCAGACUGUAUCGAGACUAAUCAUUGAAGGAAACCAGCCAAUGUUUCUCUGCCCCAGAUGUUCUUCACGUGCUAGACGUUCCUUUUUUCCACAGACAAAACAAUGCAGACUACAGAGUAUACUGCAGUCAGAUCACCUACAUUAAGUCUCUGGGUGACUUUUAACCGUGAAAUGGAUGUUCAUGUUUCAUUAUACUGGCUACGAGACAGUUGUGUCGCUGUCAUAAACUCAUUCCUUUUAGCUAAAAGUCUCAAAUAACUGUCUCAAGACGACGUUGUUGCCCUCUUGCGACUUUGACAAGGUCGGGAAGCAACUGUACCUGUCUUUGAGAACUUUUUCUCAGGGAGUAAACCAUAUUUCUUGAAACCCCGGUGUCUUUACAACAGGUUGCCUGCGAUUGGCUCACUUCGAGUCUUCCAACUAUCCGUCAUCUUUUGGCAUUGUCUGAACGAUGACGACUGGCCAUACUGACGAUGGGUAAACAAAUAAAUUUUAAAAAAAAACUACAUGGAUUGGCUAAGCUACAAUGUUUCAAAAUGUCAUCAUGCUACAAGCUUUUUCGAGCAAAUGAUGUAAUUAUAAACAGUGGCGAGUACAGCGCCACUGUUUCACAACGUCACAAGCCACUGAGUAGUGGAGGUGAAUCAUCAGAUACCUUAUUCCUGAGCAGGUGUUUCUUACUUUGUUCUUAAAAAAUAGUAAAUACUAAAUAAAGUAAAUAACCGUUCCUCUUUUCAAUUGUUUUUAACAGUGUAUUAUGGGAAAAUCGUUUCACUAAAAAUGAUAUUCAGAGCAAUUUGAAAGUGUGGCUUGUCAUUAUAUUGCCAUGAUCCCUUCAAUUUUUCAUUAUUUCAAUUGUAUAUCACAGAAUUCUUUUUGUUUUGAAAACAAUUGAUUGAAACAAAAGCAAACACCACACAUUUUUUUUUAUAAAAUAUAAUAUUGAAAAACAUGUUGAUGUUGCAAAUAUCAAUGGAAGGUUUUUGUCUUUGAAUACUAUCUUUUUUUUCAUUAAAGGAGUUUUUGUUACAAGUAAAAAAAAAACAGCCGUAUUAGACUCUUUUCUCUUUUCAUUGGUAAGUAAAGUUAUUAUGACAAAAGCUGACAUCUUUUUGACAUAAUUGAAUGCAGAGCAAUGCCAAAUUGAAUUACUUAUAUUGUUCAUUUAAACGCUGUAACAAGAUACAAUUAGGAAUAUUUUCAAACUAAAGUUGAAAAAAUAAUUAAAUACUUUGGGGGAAAUAAAUUAUACUG